ACCAAAAUUCAAAAUCAUAAAAACCCUAUUCAAACACAUUACCAAUUAAUUAAAAGCCCCAAAUCCUCUUCCCUGUACAUCAGAAGUCACGUUCAAUCCUCGAGGCUAAUUCUCUAAAGAAUAAUCGGCAUUAUAAGCAUGAUUCCUCUCUGGUUUUUGUUUCUUUUAAGAUUUGUUGCUGUUUCUGUUCCUGGGUUUUGCUUGAGUUCCACAUAAAGCUCAUUCCUGUUUUUUUUUUUUUUUGGAGGGGCUAUAUUGAUAGCCAAUGUGAGUAAAAAUGGAGGAAAAAAAUGAGGAAGUUGAGGACAUUGACAGUGCUUCAAGUGAUUCAUUUAUUGAUGAUGAUGAGAAUGAUGAGCCUUCUACAUCUGGACAAGAGGAUGGGACCCGUAUUCAGGUGCCUUUGACUGAUCAAGAAGUAGAGGAAUUGGUUGCCGAGUUCUUGGAAGUUGAGAGUAAGGCUGCAGACGCCCAAGAAGCACUGGAAAAAGAGUCUGUUGCAAAAGUUGAGAGUGAUGUGAGAGAGGAGUUGGCACAAAGUCUUCAGGGUGAUGAUCUGGAGGCGGCUGUUGAAGAUGAGAUGGCAACUUUCAGGGAAGAGUGGGAAAAUGUGCUUGAUGAGCUUGAGACUGAGAGCUACCAUUUGUUGGAACAACUUGAUGGAUCUGGUAUUGAGCUACCAAACCUUUAUAAGUGGAUCGAAAGUCAGGCUCCUAAUGGUUGCUGCACUGAAGCUUGGAAAAGGAGGGCACACUGGGUGGGAUCUCAGGUGACCAAGGAAACUAUUGAUUCAGUUUCUGAUGCUGAGAAAUAUCUUCAAAUCCAUAGGCCUGCUAGACGACGUCAUGGUAAAUUAUUGGAGGAGGGUGCAAGUGGAUUUCUGCAGAAAAAACUUUCCGUGGAUGGAAGUGAGGCUAUUGUAGAAAAUGGAGAAGUAGACUGGGUCUCUAUGAAGAAACUAUUCUCAACUAGCAGUGGGGAGGAUGUUGCUUCAUUUGGUAGUAAGCAUUGGGCUUCUGUUUACCUGGCCAAUACUCCACAGGAAGCUGCACGUAUGGGACUUAAAUUUCCUGGAGUCAAUGAGGUUGAGGAGAUUGAAGACAUUGAUGAGGAUUCCAUUGAUCCAUUUGUUGCAGAGGCUGUGGCAAAUGAAAAGGAACUUGUUCUUUCAGAGGAACAGAGAAAAAGUUAUAGAAAGGUCAAAGAGGAAGAUGAUGCAAAGAUUGAUUGGAAACUUCAACUUCAUUUGAAACAGAGGAGACAGCGUAAGAGAUGUAAACAGCCUCUGGAUGAUGAUUACAAUGAAGUCACAUGCCAAGAUUUGAAGAAAGACAAGCUUUCUGUAGACCUUGUAAUGGAACAUUCUACAGGUAAGAGCAAUUCAGUUUUCCCAGACUCUGCGCUACCUGAUGCCACUGAACCUAGAAGGUCCAAGCGUCCAAAUGAGAGUGAGGAUCUAAGCAUCAAUGAUAAGAAGAUUCGGACUGUUAUCAUAGACAGUGAUGAUGAAGCGGACAUUCUGGAGGAUAAAUCAGUACACAACAUUAAAGUUGAGGAUCAAUCAACUUUGCAAGAGAACACUGGGGACCCUACAACUGAUUGCAAUCCUUCACAGGGUUCAAACGAGAAGUUUCUGUGCACUGCCUGUGAUAAAGUGGCUGUUGAAGCGCACUCACAUCCACUUUUGAAAGUAAUAGUUUGCAAAGACUGUAAAUUCUUAAUGGAGGAAAAGAUGCAUGCAAAGGAUCCUGACUGUUCUGAGUGUUACUGUGGAUGGUGUGGACAGAACAUUGAAUUGGUAAGUUGUAAGUCAUGCAGAACAUUAUUCUGCACUGCUUGUAUAAAACGGAACAUUGGUGAAGAGUACUUGCCUAAGGUUCCAGCUUCUGGUUGGCAAUGUUGUUGUUGCUCUCCAAGUCUGCUACAAAUGUUUACAUUACAGUUAGAGAAAGCCAUGGGUUCUGGCGAUACAAUGAUUACAAGCUCUGAUAGUGAUUCAGAGUCCUCAGAUACAGAUGGUGGUGUUACAAUCAGAUCUAAGAGAAAGAUGAAAAAGAAGAUUAGAAGGAUCAUUGACGAUGCUGAAUUAGGAGAAGAGACCAAGAGAAAAAUUGCUAUUGAAAAGGAACGUCAAGAACGCUUGAAAUCCCUGAAAGUACAGUUUUCUGACAAAUCCAAGAUGAUCAAUCCUGCAGGCUGCAGUGGAAACUUAACUGAGGGUGCUAGUGUUGAAGUGCUUGGUGAUGCCACAACAGGUUAUAUUGUGAAUGUCGUGAGGGAAAAAGGUGAAGAAGCUGUGAGGAUUCCUCCAAGCAUUUCGUCGAAAUUGAAAGCCCAUCAGGUGGCAGGGAUAAGAUUUUUGUGGGAAAAUAUUAUACAGUCAAUUGGAAAAGCAAGGUCUGGUGAUAAAGGUCUUGGUUGCAUUUUAGCGCAUAUGAUGGGCCUUGGUAAAACUUUUCAGGUCAUAGCUUUUCUGUACAUUGCCAUGAGAAGUGUUGAUCUGGGUUUGAGAACAGUGCUCAUUGUGACUCCUGUGAAUGUGCUGCAUAACUGGCGCAAGGAGUUCAUGAAGUGGACACCUUCAGAAGUAAAGCCACUCCGUGUUUUCAUGCUGGAGGAUGUGUCGAGGGAGAGAAGAGCGGAAUUGCUUGCAAAGUGGAGAGCUAAAGGUGGUGUAUUCUUGAUUGGCUACUCUGCCUUUCGGAACUUAACCCUUGGAAAGAACGUGAAGGAACCAAAACUGGCUAGAGAAAUUUGUAAUGCCUUGCAGGAUGGACCUGAUAUACUUGUUUGUGAUGAAGCUCAUAUAAUCAAGAAUACCAGGGCUGAUACAACCCAAGCACUGAAACUCGUGAAAUGCCAGAGAAGGAUAGCAUUAACUGGAUCACCUCUUCAGAACAAUCUAAUGGAGUAUUAUUGUAUGGUUGAUUUUGUAAGAGAAGGUUUUCUUGGCAGCAGCCACGAGUUCAGGAAUCGUUUCCAAAAUCCUAUAGAAAAUGGACAACAUACUAAUUCAACGGUUGAUGAUGUAAAGAUAAUGAACCAAAGAUCUCAUAUUCUCUAUGAACAAUUGAAAGGGUUUGUUCAAAGAAUGGACAUGAGUGUGGUGAAGAAAGACCUGCCACCUAAAACUGUAUUUGUAGUGGCUGUAAAGCUCUCGCCAUUACAGAGGAAAUUGUACAAGAGAUUCCUUGAUGUGCAUGGGUUCACAAAUGGCAGGGUUUCGAAUGAAAAGAUGAGGAAGAGCUUUUUUGCUGGUUACCAGGCAUUGGCUCAGAUAUGGAACCAUCCUGGAAUAUUGCAAUUGAGGAAAGGUAGAGAUUACAUUGGCCGUGAGGACAAUGUUGAGAAUGUUCUUGCAGAUGACUGCUCUAGUGAUGAAAAUGUAGAUUACAAUACAAUUGUUGGAGAGAAGUCAAGGAAUCAAAAUGAUGUCGUUCAAGGGAAAAGUGAUGAUGGAUUUUUUCAAAAGGAUUGGUGGAAUGAUCUUCUGCAUGAAAAUAAUUAUAAAGUGAUUGAUUAUAGUGGCAAAAUGGUAUUGCUGCUUGACAUUUUAGUCAUGUCUUCUAAUGUGGGUGAUAAGACAUUGGUUUUUAGCCAGAGCAUACCCACUUUAGAUCUUAUAGAGCUUUAUCUUUCAAGAUUAACUCGACAUGGGAAAAAGGGAAAAUUCUGGAGAAAAGGAAAAGACUGGUAUAGGCUAGAUGGAAGAACAGAGAGCUCUGAAAGGCAAAGGUUGGUUGAGAGGUUCAAUGAUCCCGAGAAUAAGCGGGUCAAAUGUACUUUGAUUUCUACUAGGGCUGGUUCUCUUGGGAUUAAUCUCUAUGCUGCUAACCGGGUGGUUAUUGUUGAUGGCUCUUGGAAUCCAACGUAUGAUCUUCAGGCCAUAUAUCGGGCUUGGAGGUAUGGCCAGACUAAGCCAGUGUUUGCUUACAGAUUAAUGGCACAUGGAACCAUGGAGGAAAAAAUCUAUAAGCGUCAGGUCACAAAGGAAGGACUUGCUGCAAGGGUGGUUGAUAGACAACAAGUAUAUAGGACCAUGUCCAGAGAAGAAAUGUUGCAUCUAUUUGAAUUUGGUGAUGAUGAGAAAUCUGACACUCUAAAUGACAUUAGCCAAGAAUAUAGACAUGCAGAUACCAGGAAUGUUACCUGCCAAACCGGAAAUUCUUUGAAAGAGAACAUUCCUUGUUCUCAUGGAAGCUGCUCAUCUGAUAAGUUAAUGGAAAGCUUGCUUGACAAGCACCGUCAGAGGUGGAUUUUUGAUUACCAUGAACAUGAGACUCUUUUGCAAGAGAAUGAAGAGGAAAAACUAACAAAGGAGGAGCAAGACAUGGCUUGGGAAGUAUACAAGAGAUCAUUAGAAUGGGAAGAAGUGCAGCGAGUUUCCCUUGAUGACUCUACAUAUGAGCGAAAGCCACAAAUGUCAAACGGGGCAUCUUCUGCCCUAGACUUUAGCAGCAUAUCUGUGCCAAGCAUGGCCCCUCCUGCAUCUGAGGCUUCCAAUGCAGCACCAUCCAAGAGCAUUUUAAGGAGUCGUGUGGUGCAGCGGAAAUGCACUAAUCUCUCUCAUUUGCUAACCCUAAGAAGUCAGGGCACAAAAGCUGGGUGCACUACCGUCUGCGGGGAAUGUGCCCAGGAGAUAAGUUGGGAAGAUCUGAAUCGGGAGGGUAAGGCAGCACGGUAAAGGCAUCAUCCCUUGAUUUUUUUUCUUUUCAUGUACGCUAUAUAUCUAGUGUAAUGUAUUUUGAUUGUAAAGGGAAGCAGCUGCAAGUUCAAAUUCAUUUGUUUUGGUAGAUAAUAUUGGCAGGCACAUUCUAGCUCAUCUUUUUGGCCCCUUUCGUUCUUUGAGGGUACAGAGGAACAGGGAUUUUGGGAUGGUUGUAGAUAAAUUGGAGGGAAUGAGCCUGUGUAAAUCUCAGCUCAUACGAUCCUUUUCGAUGUAGGAAUUGUUGUGGAGGCAGUUAUAGUCAAGAAAGUAGUUCCACUAAUUUCCAACACUAAUCCUUUCAAAAUAUGUUAAUAAAUGUUCUUGUAUGUUCUUCCAUCGUUUCACUGGA